AUGCUUGUCACCUACUCCUUUUAAGUUCCCCACUCCCCCCUCUCACCUUCCGCCUCUUUUCCAUCAUAUUAUUGUUAUCCUUGAGGCCCAAAGCCAGCACAGAGCAAGCAAAGGGAGAAAGAAAGGGAGGGUGGGGGCCAAAGGAAGCAAGCAGAAGCAGCAGCUCACUCCUCGAGCAUUGCAGUUGCAGCGCUUGCUCUGUGCUGGUCUUGCUCAAUUGGUCUUCAGGCAGGAAUCCCUGCUUGCUCGGUGAUGGACAGGCACACCUGCAAGCUCUGCUUCCGGAGGUUCCACAAUGGCCGCGCGCUGGGCGGCCACAUGCGCUCCCAUGUCAUGGCUGCCGCGGUGACGGCAGCGUACUCGCCGCCGCCGCCACUGCCGCGGCCGCAGUCGCCGCCGCUCUCCCUGGCGUCCACCUCGUCGACCGAGAUGGACGACAAGCCGGCGCAGCACAAGCCGGUGGCGUCGUGCGGUUUACGCGACGGCGCCAAGAAAAGGUCCAGGAUCGGCGCCCCUGAAUUCUCCGGCGGUUGGGCGGCCGGCGGCGAUUCGUCGGUCGUGCAGGACGGCGAGAGCGACACGGAGUCACCCCCGCGGUUCGCCGUGAGCCGCCGCCGGUCGAAGCGGUCGCGCCGUCGCGCGCAGCCACCGGAGUCCACGCCGGAUCCCGAGCAACCGGCGAGCAGCGUCUCCGACGCGACGACCGAGGAGGACGUGGCCAUGUCGCUCGUGAUGCUGUCCCGGGAUUCGUGGACGCGGUCCAGAUCCGGGCCCAAGCACCACCGGGCCCAGGCGAGCUCGGAAGCCGAGCAGAACGACGACGACGACGCGGACGAGGCCGAGCACGGCCACGACGUCGCGCGCCCGCGCGGCAGGCACCAGUGCGGCGCGUGCAGGAAGGUGUUCCGUUCGUACCAGGCGCUGGGCGGCCACCGCGCCAGCGUCAAGAAAGGCAAGGGCGGGUGCGUGCCGGUGCCGUUGCCGUUGCCGCCGCCAACGCCUCCCACCGCGCCGCCGUCCAAGGCUCGGCGCGUCGAGACCUCCCCGGUGAUCCACCAGUGCCCGUUCUGCUUCCGCGUGUUCGAGUCCGGGCAGGCCCUGGGGGGCCACAAGCGCACGCACAUGCCGUACGCCGGCGCGCCGGCCCCUUCGACGCCAGCGAAAUGCGGCGACAGCUCGGGGUCCAUCGAUCUCAACGUGCCGGCCGCGGUGGACGACGACUUCGAGCUCUCCGCCGUGUACGACGCAGAGUUCGGCAGCAGCACCAGACAAUGAGCUCACCUGCUGAUGCUGAUGCUGAUCGAUACAUGCUACCAACGCCAUCUUCAGAUCGGAAGAUGUACUUGCACAAGCGCAGGAACUGCAGACUAGCUGCUGGCUGCUGCUGCAUGCUGGAAAGAGAUCGAGCACUCGAGGUUCGAUGUAAGGGCUUGGGAGUUGGAAUCCAUGCAAGAACCAGAUGGAGAACGACAGUUGAGCGUUUUGUUUUCUCUCUUAAUUCUCUCUGUUACUCUAUUGCGAUUGUUAGUGUAGCAGUUCGUGCCUAAUUAGAUGAACAGCAUAUUCAAUUCUUUUUGAUCUCUUGUACCUAAAUCAAAUUGACCCAUUUACUUCAAAUUUCUCAUUGAAAAGUGGGGGCAAAAGAAAAUUGCAUUCA